ACCAUUAUACUCCUGCUUGAAGCUAUCAGUAUAAAUAUAACUGUAAACAUUGCAGACAUUGACCGUGAGUUGUGUAUAUCCCGAGCUGAGCAAGCUCUAUCUGAUGCCUGGAGAAUAUCCAACCUGGAAGAGGGGUGGAACUUCUCCACUAAUGUUAAUGGAGGGGGAACCUUGCAUUGGAGAGAGGGAGACACGUGUGGAAAAAUGAGGGAUGAUGGACAUGAGACAGGCAAGGGUUGGAGGUGCUGGAAGUUAAAAUUUGAAGUUGAUGCUCCGAUUCGCAAAGUGAUUGAUGUUAUCAUGGAUGUCAAUGAUAUGGCCAGAUGGAACGCAGGCGUAACACAAUCUUCGAUUUUGGAAAGAUUGGACCAUCAGACACUGGUUACCUACCAAGUAACUGCCGGACAAAAACCUAUUGUAAUGCCGCGGGAUUUUGUUUUCCUUUUCCGGGAGGAAAUGCGCGGCUCCACGUGGACUGCAGGUGGAUGCUCUGUUCAGUUCAACACAGAGAGCAAAUCAGAUAAAGUGCGGGCCUGGCAAUAUCCAGGACUGAUGAUAGCUGAAGCAAUUGAAGAUGAGAAAACUGAGUUUAUUUGGCUGCUCCAGUGUGAUUUCGGGGGUUCUCUACCCUUAUAUGUUUUAAAUGGAGCUAUGCCGUUUGCAAUGAAAUUAUUUUGUCAGUGCUUGAGAAAAGAAUUAAAGAAUUUGAAAACUUGAAA